AAGAAAUCACACAAAUUAAUUUAACCAAAAAACUUUCUUUUUGUUUACUUUAUUUUUCUCUUUACCUCUCUCUCCUCUUCUUCUCCCCCUUAAUCAUAACCCAAUUUAUACACACAAACACUUUACAUCUAAGCCCUUUGAUUCGUGAAGUAUAUACUGCCAUGAGUAAUCUACUUUUCAUCCCAACAUCUCUCUCUUAACUGCUAAGUGUAUUUGGUUUGGGAUUUCAUAGAAGGAUGGAUUCAGUGGAGAAGUUGAUAGCUGCUAAGAAUUCAUUGAAAUUUAGCUUAGAGAAAACUAAAGUUUUGGGGGAUUCUAUUGAGAAAUCUGGGCCUAGGUUAGAAGAGAUCAGUCAAAGGCUGCCUUACUUGGAAGCUGCAGUACGUCCAAUUCGUGCACAGGAGGAAUCACUUGAUGCUGUUGGCGGUCAUAUAAAUCAAGCUGUUGUUCCUGCUGCUGCAGUUCUUAGGGUUUUUGAUGCAAUUCAUGGGCUUGAGAAGUCGUUAUCUGAUCCUCAAUCGGAUCUUUCUGGGUACCUUUCAGUGCUUAAGAGGCUGGAAGAGGCAUUAAGGUUUUUAGGGGAUAAUUGUGAGAUGGCAAUUCAAUGGUUGGAUGAUAUUGUGGAGUACUUGGAGGAUUAUAAGAUUGCUGAUGGGAGGUAUAUCUCGAAUUUAAAGAAGGCGCUGAAGUAUCUUAGGGAAUUGCAGAAGAAUGAGGAAAAGGGUCGUCUUGAUGGUGGCCUUCUCGAGGCUGCAUUGGACAGAUUGGAGAAGGAAUUCCGGAGGUUACUAAUGGAGAAUAGUGUUCCUUUGCCGAUGUCGUCACAAUCAUCUCUUGAAGAACAAGCUUGCAUAGCUCCUUCACAACUACCUGUACCUGUUAUUACCAAACUGCAGGCAAUUUUUGAGAGAUUAAUCGCUAACGACAGACUUGAAAAGUGUAUUUCUAUCUAUGUUGAAGUUCGUAGCUCAAAUGUUAGAGCUAGUCUGCAGGCACUCAAAUUGGAUUACCUUGAGAUAACCAUCUCUGAGUUUAAUAAUGUUCAGAGUAUAGAGGGUUACAUUGCUAAGUGGAGUAGACAUUUGGAGUUUGCAGUGAAGCAUCUAUUUGAGGCUGAGUACAAACUUUGUAAUGAUGUCUUUGAAAGAAUGGGAUUAGAUGUGUGGAGGGAUUGUUUUGCUAAAAUAGCUGCCCAAGCAGGUAUGCUUGCUUUUCUUCAAUUUGGCAAAACUGUUACAGAGAGUAAGAAGGAUCCUAUAAAGCUACUGAAGCUGUUGGACAUUUUUGCAUCUUUAAACAAGCUGAGGUUGGAUUUUAACCGCCUUUUUGGUGGUGCUGCCUGUGCUGAAAUUCAAAAUCUUACUAGGGAUCUUAUCAAGAGGGUGAUUGAAGGAUCUUGUGAAAUCUUUUGGGAACUCUCGGUUCAAGUGGAACUGCAAAGAGACAGUCCACCUCCAACAGAUGGUAGUGUUCCGAGACUAGUGAGUUUCAUUACUGAUUAUUGUAAUAGGCUUCUUGGGGAUGAUUAUAAGCCAAUCCUGACCCAAGCCCUGGCCAUUGAACGGAGUUGGAAGCAUGAAAAGUUUCAAGAAAGGCUCCUUGUUGAUGAACUUCUUAAAUUAAUUAAAUCCAUUGAGGUGAAUUUGGAGACAUGGUCCAAGGCAUAUAGUGAUCCUUCCUUAUCACAUCUAUUCCUGAUGAACAAUCAUUGGCACCUCUUUAAGCACUUAAAAGGCACAAAACUUGGGGGCCUAUUGGGCGAUUUCUGGUUGAAGGAGCAUGAACAAGACAAGGAGUCCUUUUCUACUGCCUACUUUAGAGAAAGCUGGCAAAAGCUCCCAGCACUAUUAAGUAGAGAAGGUUUGAUUCUUUUUUCUGGAGGUCGAGCCACUGCCCGAGAUCUUGUUAAGAAAAGACUGAAAGCCUUCAAUGAAGCAUUUGAUGACAUGUACAAGAAACACUCGAACUGGGUAAUUUCAGAUAAAGAUCUGCGGGAGAAGACAUGCCAGAUUAUUGUGCAGGCAAUUGUGCCGGUUUACCGAAGUUACAUGCAGAACUAUGGCCCACUAGUUGAACAAGAUGCAAGUGCCAGCAAGUAUGCAAAGUUCACAGCUCAGUCAUUGGAGCAAACACUUAUGUCCCUUUUCCAACCAAAACCUUUAAGAUAUGGUAGUUUUAAAGCUGGGAGGUCUAGUGGAAAAUUCAAUAAUGUGGUUACAGAUCAAUAUCAGGCUGCAGUAACGAGUGCAUGACUGCUUCUUGUAUAUUAGAUUUUAAAAGCCGAUCUUCAUAUAUAUCAUCGAGUGGAUAGUGAAGUGUCACUGCAAACUGGCUGCCUGAAGGUUUUUCAUAAUAGUGAUGACUUUGCUUGCCGCUUGAGCUUUGCCACUCCUAGUCACUACCAUUAUCUUGCAGAAAGCUUGGCGUGAGAAUGGAGAUGUACUUUUGAAAAGGUACAAUUGUAGAAUAUAUUAUUGGGUAGUUUCAUUUGAAUACCAUCAAUUUUUAUUUUUAUCCUCAAUUAUUGGUCCGGUCUCUUAAGUAAGUAGUCCUAGGAGGUAGAAAUCCUUGUAAUGCUCUAGAUGCUCAUUGAAUUAUAUCAUGUAUAGUGCUCACAGAGCCCUAUAAUUCCUUUAAACUGAUUGCUCUUCUUAAAUUAGAAAAAACUUUGAAUAUUAAGAAUGUUAUUUGGGAUAAA